AUGGCCGAUCUAGCAUCUCUCCCAAAAGACUGGAUCCUCACAUCAAGCCAGUUUACCAGAAAGGCUCACAUCAAGGUUUACCCUGCCAUUUAUCCAGCUAAAGCGGAGAACUCUCUCAAGGGAAAGACGGUGGUUAUUACCGGCGCCAGUCGUGGCAUCGGGGCUCGAGGCAUUGCACCGGCCUUUGUCGAGGCUGGUGUCAAAGGCAUCGUUCUCAUAGCUACAGAUGCAGCUAAACUGGUUAACGUCGAGGAAGAACUGAAGAUGAUCAACCCAGAUCUUGAAACCCUUGCUCUCAGUGUGGAUGUCUCGUCGCGUGAUCAAGUUGCUAAGGCCUGGCUUGAGAUCAAUGCCAGAUACCACAAGGUUGAUAUCCUAGUCAACAACGCUGGUGUAGAAACUACGGACAGUGACAAAACCCACGAGCAAGAUCCGGAUAUCUUUUUCAGAAACUUUGAAGUCAACGUCAAAGGAACCCACAUCAUGACGCAGCAGUUUCUAAAAGCCGCGGUACCGUGGGCCACGACUACCGAUCCCGCUAGAGUUAUCAACAUGUCCAGUUCGAGCGCCUGGGGAACUUGGCCUUUCCUAGCCGCAUACUCCAACAGCAAAGCCGCCCUAAUUCACUACACCACGACGCUUGCCGCUUCCUACCCAGGCACAGUGCUCGCAAUUGCAGUCAAUCCCGGUCUCAAUGACACUGAUAUUAUCCCCGAGACCCUUCGGGCAGCUGGGUUCAACUUCAACGACCCAGCUCUGACAGGCGCUACCUUGGUGUGGUUGACAGCGGACCCGGCGAGAAGCCAGUUUUUAAAUGGAAGGGUGGUCACGGUUGAGUGGGAUGUUGAGGAACUAGUUGCCAGGAAAGAAGAGAUUAUGAAGGAUAAUCUAUUGACUAUGCAACUCAAUGCAGUGCUGGGGAACGGUCAGUUCGCAGAUUAA